AUGCGCCCGCGCGCGGCUUCUUCGUACGGUAUCUCCGGAGUUGCCUGCAGCUGUUUCGCCUCGGCGCCCGUGUUUUGGGAGCACGUAGACCUAACGCUUCCAUAUCAGCUGGUCUCCUUGGCGAAACAUACCCGCGAGUACCAAACCGUGGCGAAUUACGUGCAACACGAGGGAAUGCUGGGGAAAUCUAUUGUGUCGAUCAGGAGGAUACAGAAUAUGGACCUUUGGGAACUGUAUUGUAGAAAAACCCAGCAGCUGAUGAGGAUCCAUCGCGUGACAAAAGUGCAAGAGCGACGACUUUUUCACGGGACCGAGAGCGGCAAUAUCGACGGCAUCUGCAAGUACAACUUCGACAUGCGUUUAGUCGGACGGCGGCACGGACACGCUUACGGCAAAGGGAUCUACUUCGCAAAAUUCGCAAGUCAGGCGGCUAAAUACAGUAAACGUUCGCCGGGAGACUGCGGUCACGGGGAGCUCUUGAUGGCUCGGGUGCUGAUCGGACGACCGACGCUGGGGGCGAAGGAAAAGCUGAAACCGGACCACGGAGCCCUUGAAACGACUCACGACAGCUGCGUAGACAAUAUAGCAAAUCCCCGGGUGUAUGUGAUUUUUGAUUCGAAUCAAAUAUACCCCGAGUAUUUGAUAGAAUAUAGAGUCUGA